ACAGCUGGCUACUAUAAUACAAACGAGCACACCGCGCUCAAAAAGGACGAACGACGCAUUAAAGAGCCAUUCCAACAAGAAAACGCACGAUCUCAUCAAAAAACGCGUAUUACCGCUAUGAAUGCUAUAACCGUUUAAAAAAGAAAAUCAGCCCGCACAAUAACAGUAGCACGAGCCCCGGCAAUAUAGUGCACAGGCAGAGCCGUAAAAAGCCCCUCGCGUGUUAUGGCGGAGAGGCAGCUCCACCACCGAGCAUAGGCUGCACGCGCGGCGAAAGGUGCGGGGGGAGGAGGGUGACGAGGCUGUCGAGUGAGAAAGAGAGAGGCUAACGAGUAUCCCUGAUUUAUCGCGCGUUAAGCAAAACGUGUUGCGCGCGGCGAGCGGUUUUAUGGCCGAGAGCAGAGCAGUAGCAGCGGCAGCGGCAGCAGCACAGUAACCCGCGCAGCGAGGAUUGGCCGUGACCCUGGAAUAGGAGCUCCGGCGCCGUCGCCCUCCCUCGCGCACUUUUCGCUCUUACGUGCAAGUACAAGGUCGAUGCAACGGGCAGCUUGCCAGCCGAUGUUUGCCCACGUACACGCUCCGACUCGCCCACCUCGAUGUGUGCGCGCGCGCGCAUUCAUACAUACACUUUAUUUUCGCUCCGAACUCAAUUGAAGCAUCAGACGGCGACUAGACUCGAUGUAUUAUUGGUGCGCCCGUCCGCACCUUCUCGGCGAUGCAGCGUCGUCGGGCUGACCGUUCAAUUAGAUCGAAAUUGAUUGGCUUUCCAGGUCUGGCGCUGACGCAACGAUGCGCCCUCUCGAAUUAACCUCGACGGUCACGUUGGCCGCCUGGUUGAUUUUUUAAUUAGACUCGAUGAACUUGUUCGACUAGUUUCCGCAAUACUGCUCUUUCAUCCCUUAACUCCGUUUGAAUUUCGAAUUCCGUUCGACUCGCUGUUUAAUUCGCUUUUUCAGCCGGCGCGCCUUGCUCUUAAUCCCGCCCUCGUGUCCGUUCAUCCUUGUCUUUGCUCGCGGGAUUUGGCAAAUUGAAAUUCACAAUUGCACGUUGUAGUCGGGGGCGGCCGGCAGCCUAGCUCGGAUAAGACACGCGAGCCGCGGCGGGAUUAUAAUAUCCGACGACGAUUGUUUUGUUUCGUUGCGGUUUCCUCUUGGUUUCGUUGAAUAACGAAAACGUCGGCGCUUAAAAGCUCUCUCUCUCUUCUGCUGCAGUAAUUCUAAAUUCGAUUUUUAAACUAGCGAAAGAAGCGUGUAGAGCAAAAAUAACUCUUUCAAUUUUCUCGCAGGAAUCACUUAUCCAUUCAAUGCCACGAAACGAGAGAGUUCGAGACGCGCUGGGGGACGGGGUAAAACGAAAAAAGGACUCGGUCUAUAUCCGUCACAGAACGAGCCGAACGAGUCACGCCAAGGCAGCGCGCCAAGCAACUUAUGAGAGCGCAGCUCGACGAUCAGAUGAGAGGCGCGCGGCCGGUCCGAGGAAGUGGGUCAAGGCAGCGCGAAUGUAAUCCAGUGAUCGAGAGGCUUUUCGGCGAGUCACGAGCGAUGGCCCCCGGCACUCGUGGCCAGUCGCCGGCGCUGCCUUCUUGCCGCAGGAAGGAGCCGUCGGAUAGCGGAAGGGAUGACGUCGCCGCAGGAGGAGAACCCGACCUAGGCCCGCAGCGGCGUGGCAGGCGGACCCGGGCCGAGGGCGCAAUGUCGUCGAGCCUGCUGCCGAGCGUGACGGGCCUGGCGGAGGCGUCCGGGCGGCUCGAGCUCGGCCCCGUCUCGAUCGUCCUCGCCACGCUCCUCGUCUUCGUCCUCUCGCUGCUGACGGUCGGCUCCAACUCCAUAAUCCUCGCGGCCUUCUACCGGUACAAGCGGCUCAGGACGGCCUCCAACUGCCUCCUCGUCUCCCUCGCCGUCAGCGACUUUGGCGUCGGCGUGUUCAUGCCGUUCGGGACGUACCUCGAGCUGGCCGACGCCGGGGCCGGGCCCUCCUCGAGCCUCUGCGCGCUGCCCUACUGCGUCCUCAUAGCCCUCUGCAGCGUGAGCGUCCUCGUGACCGUGGCGAUAGCCGUCGACCGGCUGACCUCGCUCGCCCAGCCGCUCCGCUACAAGAACAUCAUCACCCACAGCAGCAUCGAGAAGUACAUCGCCGUCUUCUGGAUCUACGCCAGCAUGGUCGGCAUGUCGCCGCUCAUCUACUCCAGGAUCGUCGACGUCGGACAGGCCUACGGCGGCAGCUGUCGCUUCAACGGCCUGAUAAUGCCGCCAGUGCGAGUCUUCCUGUUCCUGGCGGUCUGGGCGCCGAGCGCCCUCAUACUCCUCGGCUGCUACGUGUACGUCUACCUGGUGGCGCGCGCCCACGCCAGGGCCAUCUACACGGUCGAGCUGUCCUUCCGCAACCAGACCCAGACGCUGCCGCUGCCGCGGUACGGCCAGACCCUCGCCGUCACCGUCGGCGCCUUCUUCAUCCUCUGGAUGCCCUUCCAGCCCCCUUAUUUCACCGCCUUUCAGACCUGCAUGCUGCUCGACAUAUUCUGCGGCACCGACAUCCUCUCGGACCUGACCAUCUGGCUGGGCCUGCCGAUCCUCGCGCACAGCGGCACCAACCCCUGGAUCUACGCGUUCCACCACGGCGAGAUGCGCGUCGCCGCGGGCAAGAUCGCCGAGGAGCUGGUCGCGCUGUUCGGCGUCAGCCCCAGCCGGUACGGCUGCUCGCCGGCGCGCCGCGGCUCCCACACGGACCUCGAGCUGGCCGAGGUGAACGGCGCGAGCCAGGAGGAGCGCCGCCCGCCCGUCGAGGACUGCUUCGCCGCCAAGCACCACCACCAGAGCCUCGUCUACGCGAGCAGGCGCUGCCUCGAGAGCUCCACCAGCCGGCACGGCUGCGGCAACGUCCUCUCGCGCGAGGAGCCCGAGCAGGAGGUGCGCGACCUGGCCCGCAUGCUCGAGCCCGAGUGCGUCGACUCGAACCACAACGUCGAGCGCAUCCGCAGCCUCAAGUACCUGCUGGACCCGGGCUUCGGCAAGAUCCGGCAGCUGCGCCGGCUCAACCAGCAGCAGCACAAGCGGCUGCCCGCCGGGUUCCAGCUCCGCUACCGGAGCCUCGAGCCCGGCGCCGGCACCUACGGCCGCCGGGGCACCAUGUCCGAGCCGAUGCUCAGCGCCGAGCGCGGGGCGGGAGAGCCGGCCCGACGGCAGCCGCGCGCCCAGCUCGCCUCGGUCUCCGAGUCCAACAUCCGCGAGGACUCGGGGCCGGGCUCCGGGCCGGGCCUGCAGCCCCAGCAGCUGAGCGCCCCGGCGGCGCACUCGGAGCCGCCCAGCCCGAUCGAGGCGCUCCAGGAGGAGGACUGCCCGGGCGUGCGGCGCUCCGAGCCCGUCAUCCCCUCCGUCCUGCUGAACGUCGCGGACUCGGCCCGGGGCAGCUGUCGGCCGCUCGGCCCGGGGCAGCCGUCGGAGCUGCUGCUGCUGCGCUACGCGGACGGCGACAGCAUCUUCCCCGAGCACGACUCGACGCGCUUCAGCUCGCGGCGGCCCUCGGACUCCAAGUGGUCCGAGUCGUCGCGCAGCCAGGAGCUGCUGCCGAGCGCGGCGGAGCACCCGGCGGCGCGCUUCCCCUCCUCCUACUCGGUCAACAACUUCCAGAGCCGCAACAGCGGCAGCGAGCUGACCGACCUGACCGACCUGACCAGCUGCCUCGAGCCGUUCAUGUGCUCGGACGCGCUGAGCUCGUCGCUGCGCGAGUCCUUCUUCAGCGCGGCCUCGGUGCCCGACUCCGAGGACCUGUUCGCCUCGUUCGAGGCCGACGAGCCCCGCGACUGCCAGCUCUUCCCGAGCCGGUCGAGCAGGUCGAGCAGGUCGAGCGCCAACCUGGUGCGGCCGCGGGGGGCCGCGCGCCCGGAGCUGCAGAGCAAGUCGACCGAGUCGAUGUUCCGCGAGCGCGGCCAGAGCGAGCGGCUCUGCGCCAUCCUCAAGCUCGAGCCCGGCAUCCACCGGAGCAGGCCCAGGGUCAGGGCCGUCGCCUGCAAGGAGCCCAGGCUGGCGCCGCUGGCGACGCCCACGCCGACCGACCUCGGCACGCCCACCUUCGACAUCAGCGUCGUCGCGGACAUCAAGGGCGAGACCGGACUCGGCGUCCGGCUCUGAUUGUCUCGUGCGGGUUCUUCCUUUAGUGGGAGACUGAUCGCUGCGGCCUUCCGAGAUAUCCACGGAAUUAUCGCCUCGCGCAUAACAGAUGCAGAUCCGACUCGGCGAUUCCCAGCCGCGGUGUACGCUCCUUCUGGCUUCCUUCGUUUAGGUGGAUAUUUAUACGCUCUUGGAGGCUAUUCUCGGUCUGGAUGUGCGAUCGGACUAAUUUAGAUUUCGCUCGAAUGGGACUGCUUUUCAAGUCGGCUGAGUCAUCGGUCGAACACACUGAUUCCUUCUUUGCACAAGUGGAGCACGCAAUCCUAUAUAGCACAACAAAGAUAUAGCGAGUCUUAUUUUACAUCGGCGUAGCCCAUCGAGGGCGUUUUCUUUGCUGUGACAAACGAAAGAUUUCACGUGUAUUAGGUACAUUAUAGAUAGCUGUCGAGUACACGCAUCGGUGACUUGCUCGUCUAUGCGCGGAAGAAAGUACACACGCCAAUACGCUUUAGUCAAUGAUGAUGACGGAUCAGAGAAACAAAGUGCAAAGCGAGAAUACAAGCUAUACACACAUAUAUAUAUAUAUAUAUAGAAGAAUGUUGAAACCAUAUAGAUCCGAUAUUUUUACGAGAUACAGAAAAUCAUAUACUUUUUUGUCAUUAUUCUGCUUUAUCAUUCUGUAUUACAACGACAUAUAUAGAUAAAAGGGAACAAUGUGAAGUGUACAAGUUAAAUAUACCUGUAGCAUUGAAUGUGCGUUCAAUUCGGCCACGUUAUAAAAACCGUGGAGCGAGCAUUACUCCGCAAGCGUCAAUGUGCGACAAAUCUAAAUAAACGUGUACCUGCUGCGAC